AUGGCGAAAGGCAAGAAGGACGCAACAAGCGGCGGCGCGUCCGCGUUCCCGACGGGCCCGCCCCCCGUCUUCAGCAAGGACCACGUCGAGCGCGCAAACUUUGCCAUCCAGGCCAGCCUGUUCCUCGAGCAGCUCGCCCCGGCGUCGUCUUCUUCCGCCUCCUCGCCCUCGUCCUCGCUCCGCGCCCAACGCGACAGAAAGGGCAAGUACAAGGCCACCGAGCCGCCCCUUGCGGGAGACGCAGGCGCCGACUUUCCUCGCCUCGCGCGCGCCGAGCUGCGCGCAAUGAAGAAGUGGACCGAGCACAACCAGGUCAAGCGCGAUCCGUCUCUCAAGCGCUCGAUCUGCGCAGCGUGCAGUACCCUCCUCGUGCCCGGCCUGACGAGCCGCAUCCGGGUCAAGCCGAGCAAGACGCACGGCAACGUCACGACAGUCACUUGUCUCGCGUGCUCGGCGCACUCGGCCAUCCCUGCCCCGCCUGGCGUCCCGCCUGAGGACGGCGUCGACGGCCCGGUGCGCGCGAAGUGUAGGGCCAAGAUGCGCCGCGUCCGCGCACCGUUCCACCAGCGCGAGAUGGUGCCUCCGAAGGCCGCAGAGCCUGCUGCCGCCGCCACCGCCGCUGCUGCCGAUGGGGACGUCGAGAUGGGAGACGGUGCUGCGCCCAAGGCCGCGCCGCUGGAGACCAAGCCAUCCGGACAUACCGUUUGGGCGGGCGACAAGCGUGUCGAGGGCUGGGGUGUCGCCCAGACCACGACCACCAGCUAG